GAGCCACCACGAGCGAGUCACCCUACAGUGGAUUGUGAGGCGGUUUGUUCCAUCCAUUCCUUAAGUUUUAUGAAUCACUCAUUAGAUAUGAGACUUAUAAGACUCCAGGGCCUUCAAGCUGCGAUUAAUCAGAUGGUUCCUGACAUGACUGAGAAAACAGACGCAUUGCGUGCCCCUGAAGAGUGUGUGUCUCUGCGUGUUUAAUCCUUCUUCCUGUACACACGCGUUUGACACGGGAAGACAGGCUCGUUCUUGUGCACACUUGAAGAGUUUCACAACUGAUGAAAAUUAAUUUCAGAAUCCGAUGGAGCAACUUGACACCACUGGGCUCGGGCGCCCAGGGAGAGAAAUACAGCACUGAUGGCCAGUUUUCCAUGUGGUCUUCACGGGUAAAGAAAGUUUGCAAAAAGAAGAAAAAAAAAAUCUUGCAUAGAUCAAGCCUCAAAAAUACCUCUCCAGUUGAAAGCAAGAGCUAAGUGAGAAGGUGACCGAGGAGAAGUGUGACUUCUGGCACUGCAGGUGGGACCAUGAAGUGUUUUUUGCACUUUUUUUUCCAGUGGAUUUGCUGAAUUGGACAGACUUUAAAAUUCUGGACUGAAGGUGACUCUGACUGUGGCUUCUGACUGCAGGAAAGCGAGUUUGGCUGUGAUGGCACAGGUUUCAACAUGAACCGAUUCCUUUGCCGUUUUCUGUUAACUGUAUUCGAGAAAUUUUGGUUUCUCAUUUCCCUUUUCCUUUCCUGUAUCUGUAGGAUAACAUCCUAAGGUGGCGAUCGAAGCUGCCAAUUACAAAGUAAAUAUCGGGGAACACCCAAGCAAAGCUGCUUUUCCUUGGGCUUUCCGUGUGUGUUGGGAGACGGUCUCUGAAGCAGAGCAGGAGCGUGCCCAUCAGCCAAACAUGAUAACCCUGUAGGGAAACAGUGGGGAGGAACCCGGCUCUCACGUGUGUUUUCAACUCACUCCUGUGUUUUCGUUUCAAGGGAUUCUCGUCCUUGUUGCGUCCAAGAAGACCUGCAUAUGAGAGGAGGAUUACUUAGUGGACUUGAUUCUGAGAUGAGUUUUUUUCCUUCAAGAUGGAAGAAUAUGUGAUCUCUAGGAGCAGAAAAGGGCGAAGUGACUAGGGGAGGGGGGAAGGAGACAGGGACAAAGGAGACGUCUUGUCAGCAGGAGGAUUUGGGGUUCAGCCGAGGCAACCAACGCUUGGACCGCUUUGAGAGCAUUCGAGCAUCCUGGCUCCGCCCAGUGAAGGCGCUUGCUUUCUUUGCCUCUAUGGCACCGAGGGGUGCGUGGGCCUGCGGAGUGGCAGUCAGAUGGAGCCCAGCUCUCCACGGCGACACAGCAGCCUGCCGGGAAGCCGGGCCUGGCUCUGAGUGUGGAAGUUUCUGGUUCUGAACAGCGAAGAAAGAGUCUUGUUCUCUUCCUAAGCUUGGACCACUGUCUGCCUGAGCUCUGGUCUCUUUUGCACGGUUUGUGUGCCUUUUUUUCCCUUUAUGCAAUCUUUUUCAGCUUUAGCAGCAGAAAUUUGUCUAGUUGAGAAAACGUGCCAGAGGGUGGCUUCAGAAGGAAGGUGAUCCCGUGUGUUCUGUCUCCGCGUCUGGACUUUUGAAGAGAAAAUUCCAGCUGGAGGGAUUCUUAAAGCCUUAAGUUACUUGAAAUCUAUGUAUUUGCAACCCUGUGUCUCUGGAAUCCUAUGACACUAAACUGGAAUCUCAGGCUGAAUGAGAAUAACCAAGUUGAGUAAAAAGAAGAAAACUCGGUUUCUUGAUACCACGUGUUAACGAUGCUCUUUCUCCAAAGGGUCAGCCCGUUCUUCCUCUAAGGACUUGAAAAUAAAAAUGGACCCCGCAUUUUUUUUAAGCAUCACCUUUUCUUAGCAGACUGCCGUCAUCUUUUAUAGAGGAAUUUUUUCACUAUGCAUUUGGUGGAUCUUUAUAAAAUACCCUCUGAUUAGACCCAGGUCCGUCUUCGUUAAAGGGUCGGGGGAGACAACGAAAGCCAACCAGAGAGAGCAAAUCCGUCCCUCGACGAGAGGAGUUGGUUUCAAUCUCCCGGCAUUCCGCGUUACUCUUUAAGUCGAACAGUUCAUCCAGAAAAAGUAUGUAUGCGGCGGUGGAGCAUGGGCCUGUCCUCUGCAGUGACUCCAACAUCCUCUGCCUGUCCUGGAAGGGGCGCGUCCCCAAGAGCGAGAAGGAGAAGCCGGUGUGCAGGAGGCGCUCCUACGAGGAGGGCUGGCUGGCCACAGGCAACGGCCGGGGCGUCGUCGGGGUGACUUUCACCUCAAGCCACUGCCGCCGGGACAGGAACACGCCACAGAGGGUGAACUUCAAUCUGCGGGGCCACAACAGCGAGGUUGUGCUGGUGAGGUGGAAUGAGCCAUACCAGAAGCUGGCCACGUGUGACGCAGACGGAGGCAUAUUUGUGUGGAUUCAGUACGAAGGGAGGUGGUCUGUGGAGCUGGUCAACGACCGAGGGGCUCAGGUGAGUGACUUCACGUGGAGCCACGAUGGGACUCAAGCGCUCAUUUCGUAUCGCGAUGGGUUUGUCCUGGUCGGUUCUGUCAGUGGACAAAGACAUUGGUCCUCUGAGAUCAACUUGGAAAGUCAGAUCACGUGUGGCAUAUGGACUCCUGAUGACCAACAGGUGCUGUUCGGCACGGCCGACGGGCAGGUGAUCGUGAUGGACUGUCACGGCAGGAUGCUGGCCCACGUCCUGCUGCACGAGUCAGAUGGCAUCCUCAGCAUGUCCUGGAACUACCCUGCCUUCCUGGUGGAGGACAGCAGCGAGAGCGACACCGACUCAGACGACUACUCCCCACCCCAAGACGGUCCAGCCGCGUACCCCAUCCCGGUGCAGAACAUCAAGCCACUGCUCACCGUCAGCUUCACCUCGGGAGACAUCAGCUUAAUGAACAGCUACGACGACUUGUCUCCUACUGUCAUCCGCUCAGGGCUGAAAGAGGUGGUGGCCCAGUGGUGCACACAGGGAGACCUCCUGGCAGUAGCUGGUAUGGAACGGCAAACGCAGCUUGGCGACCUUCCCAGCGGCCCUCUGCUGAAGAGUGCCAUGGUCAAGUUCUACAACGUUCGAGGGGAGCACAUCUUCACACUGGACACGCUUGUGCAACGCCCCAUCAUCUCCAUCUGCUGGGGACACCGGGACUCGCGGCUGCUGAUGGCGUCAGGGCCGGCCCUGUACGUGGUCCGUGUGGAGCACCGGGUGUCCAGCCUGCAGCUGCUGUGCCAGCAGGCCAUUGCCAGCGCCCUGCGAGAAGACAAGGACGUCAGCAAGCUGACGCUGCCCCCCCGCCUCUGCUCGUACCUCUCCACUGCCUUCAUCCCCACCAUCAAGCCCCCCAUUCCAGACCCCAACAACAUGCGCGACUUUGUCAGCUACCCGUCGGCCGGCAACGAGCGUCUGCACUGCACCAUGAAGCGCACGGAGGACGACCCGGAGGUGGGCGGCCCAUGCUACACGCUCUACCUGGAGUACCUGGGCGGGCUCGUGCCCAUCCUCAAGGGGCGGCGCGUCAGCAAGCUGCGGCCGGAGUUCGUCAUCAUGGACCCGCGGACAGACAGCAAAGCAGAUGAAAUCUAUGGAAACAGCUUGAUUUCUACCAUGAUCGACAGCUGCAACUGCUCAGACUCCAGUGACAUCGAACUGAGUGACGACUGGGCUGCCAAGAAAUCUCCCAAAAUCUCCCGAGCUAGCAAAUCACCCAAACUCCCAAGGAUCAACAUUGAGGCUCGGAAGUCACCCAAGCUGUCCCGGGCCGCUCAGGAGAUCUCCAGGUCUCCUCGGUUGCCGAUGCGCAAGCCCUCCAUCGGCUCGCCCAGCCUGACGCGGAGAGAGUUUCCCUUUGAAGACAUCACUCAGCACAACUAUCUUGCUCAGGUCACGUCUAACAUCUGGGGAACCAAAUUUAAGAUUGUGGGCUUGGCCGCUUUCCUGCCAACCAACCUCGGUGCAGUAAUCUAUAAAACCAGCCUCCUGCAUCUCCAGCCGCGGCAGAUGACCAUCUAUCUCCCAGAGGUUCGGAAGAUUUCCGUGGACUAUGUUAAUUUGCCCGUCUUCAACCCGAAUGUUUUCAGUGAAGAUGAGGAUGAUUUACCAGUGACGGGAGCAUCUGGUGUGCCUGAGAACAACCCACCGUGUACGGUGAACAUCCCCAUCGCGCCCAUCCACAGCUCAGCUCAAGCUAUGUCCCCCACGCAGAGCAUCGGACUAGUGCAGUCCCUGCUGGCCAAUCAGAACGUGCAGCUGGACGUCCUGACCAAUCAGACCACGGCCGUGGGGGCAGCUGAGCACGCCAGUGACAGUGCCACCCAGUACCCAAUCUCCAACCGCUACUCCAACCCUGGACAGGUGAUCUUCGGAGGCGUGGAGAUGGGCCGCAUCAUUCCGAACCCCCCUCAGCUGUCCCUGCCGCCGCCAGCACAGGGGGCCAUCCAGCUGUCGGUGGUGGACCACGGAGACCGAGACCACGAGCACCUGCAGAAGCCAGCCAAGGCCCUGCGGCCCCUGCCGCAGCUGGCCGCGGAGGGGGACGCCGUGGUGUUUAGCGCCCCCCAGGAGGUCCAAGUGGCGAAGAUGAACCCCCCACCCCCCUACCCAGGAACCAUCCCCGCCGCCCCCACCACGGCAGCGCCCCCGCCCCCGUUGCCGCCCCCGCAGCCCCCGGUGGACGUGUGCUUGAAGAAGGGUGACUUCUCGCUGUACCCCACGGCGGCGCACUACCAGACGCCCCUGGGCUACGAGAGGAUCACCACCUUCGACAGCAGCGGCAACGUGGAGGAGGUGUGCCGGCCCCGGACGCGGAUGCUCUGCUCCCAGAACACCUACACCCUCCCCGGCCCGGGCAGCUCGGCCACCCUGAGGCUCACCGCCACCGAGAAGAAGGUCCCGCAGCCCUGCACCAGCGCGACCCUGAACCGCCUGACGGUGCCGCGCUACUCCAUCCCGCCGGGGGACCCGCCGCCGUAUCCCGACCUCGCGGGCCCGCUGGGCGCGGGCCGGGCGGCGCAGAGGCCGGAGAGCAGCCUCAUCCACGCCACGCUGCGCAGGAACAACCGCGAGGCGGCGCUGCGGGCGGCACAGCUGGCCGAGUCCCCGCGCGCGCCGCCGCAGCUGCCGGCCAAGCCCAAGGGCGCCGCGCCCUUCCCCGCGCGCCCGCCGCCCGCGCUCUACACCUGCAGCCAGUGCAGCGGCGCAGGCGCGGCCGGGCGGCCCGAGCAGAGCACGGGGGCCGGGCCGGGGGCGCACGCGGCCAGCACGUCCCCGCUGUCCUCGCAGUCCUCCUACAGCCUACUGAGCCCGCCCGACGGUGCCCGCGAGCGCGCCGAUUAUGUCAACUCGGCUUUCACCGAGGACGAGGCGCUGGGCCAGCACUGUCCCGCCGAGAAGCCCCCGAGGCACCCCGCGCUGCCCGAGGCCGCUGCUGCCGGGAAGCGUCCACCCCCUUACCAGUGGGACCCCAUGCUCGGGGAAGACAUCUGGGUUCCCCAGGAAAGGACAGCACAGACUGCGGUGCCCAACCCCCUGAAACUGUCCCCUCUGAUGGUAGCUCAGAGCCAGCACCUGGACGUGUCCCGAGUGCCCUUCGUCUCCCCCAAGUCGCCCGCCAGCCCUACUGCCACUUUCCAGACAGGCUAUGGGAUGGGAGUGCCCUACCCAGGAAGCUAUAACACGCCCCCUUUGCCGGGAGUGCAGGCUCCCUGCUCCCCAAAAGACGCCCUGUCCCCAGCCCAGUUUGCACAACAGGAGUCCGCAGUGGUCCUGCAGCCCGCCUACCCGCCCAGCCUCUCCUACUGCGCCCUGCCCCCCAUGUACCCAGGAAGCAGCACGUGCUCGAGUUUACAGCCGCCACCUAUCGCCUUGCACCCCUGGAAUUCCUACAGCGCGUGCCCGCCCGUGCAGAACCCCCAGGGCACGCUCCCCACCAAGGCACACUUGGUGGUGGAGAAGCCCUUGGUGUCCCCACCGCCCACCGACCUCCAGAGCCACCUGGGUACAGAGGUGAUGGUAGAGACCGCCGACAACUUCCAGGAAGUUCUCUCCCUGACGGAAAGCCCGGUCCCCCAGCGGACGGAGAAAUUCGGAAAGAAGAACCGGAAGCGCCUGGACAGCCGAGCAGAGGAAGGCAACGUUCAGGCCAUCACAGAGGGCAAGAUGAAGAAGGAGGCGCGGACUCUGAGUGACUUUAACUCCCUGAUCUCCAGCCCCCGCCUGGGGAGGGAGAAGAAGAAAGUGAAGAGUCAGAAGGACCAGCUGAAGUCGAAGAAGUUGAAUAAGACGAACGAGUUCCAGGACAGCUCAGAGAGCGAGCCUGAGCUGUUCAUCAGCGGGGACGAGCUCAUGAACCAGAGCCAGGGCAGCAGGAAGGGCUGGAAGAGCAAGCGCAGCCUGCGCACGGCCAGCGAGCUGGAGGAGGCCAAGUGCCGCAAGGCCAGCGAGCGCGAGGACGGGCGGCUGGGCAGCCAGGGCUUCGUCUACGUCAUGGCCAACAAGCAGCCCCUGUGGAACGAGGCCACCCAGGUGUACCAGCUGGACUUCGGGGGGCGGGUGACCCAGGAGUCGGCCAAGAACUUCCAGAUCGAGCUGGAGGGGCGGCAGGUGAUGCAGUUUGGAAGGAUCGACGGCAAUGCGUACAUUCUGGACUUCCAGUACCCCUUCUCCGCUGUGCAGGCCUUCGCCGUCGCCCUGGCCAACGUGACUCAGCGCCUGAAGUGAAGAGGCCGGCGUGGGGAGGAGGAGGAGCGGCGAAGGAGCCUUGUCAGAGAGGCCCCAUCGGAGAUGCUCGAGGCGCCUGCCCGGGGCCAGCGGCUGGGAACCGGAAGACAGGAGCAAAACUGGAAAAGUCUGUCAGGCCCAGGACAGCCACUGACCUUUAGUCAUUGCCAUUUGUUUGGGCUUUUAUUGUCCUUAUUGUCUUUCUUUCUCCUUUCUUUUUAAACAAAAACAAAGUACGAGAGAGUAGUGUUUGGAAGCAAAGGUUGCGAGCACCUUUUAGGAAACGUAGUUGCUGUGCUGAUGUCUGCCCGGGUGUGCCUGUGUUGGCUGCGGGACGAGGGGCCCCUCGGAAGGAAGGCGGACUGCCUUCCAGCCUGCGGCCCUUUUAGACUAAGGAGUCCGCGUGAUUGUCAUUCUCCACAGCGUCUAGCUUUUAUUACUCCUCCAACACCACCACUAGCAUAAAAACAAAAACCUUUUUUAAAAGACACAACCAAAAAUCCUGAAGGUACAGGUUCUUUUGGGGGGCCAACAUGUAGUUCACACAUGGUAAGUCGCUCCCCUGAAGGUGACUUGAUUAAUGAAGGGUAUUUUGGCAAACGCACUGUGUUUGACUAAUAACGCUAGGCUUUUCACGGGGUGCUGUUAGCAGGUGUGAGUAGGACUCGCUCACGAUGCUGUAGGGGCAGGGGCGCCGGGGGAGGAAGGAGCUCCGCACACGGACACACGGGCGAUCCGCGCAGCGUGACUUGAAAGUCCAAGGGCUAUGCUCCUCUUCGGAGGAUGUUUACAUUGAAGACUCCACUAGUUUUAUAGCAUGUCACAGUUCCGUAGGCUCGGCGAUGACCCUUCAGUAUGACUGACUGUGGGAGAAGGUGGGAGACAGCAGUGGAGAGAUCCCGGCGUCGCUGGGGUAGCGGUUUUCUCGGCGAGGGCAUGGUGAGUCACCAGAUGGCCACGUGCUGGGAAGCAGCCUUUGUCCCCUCCCCUCUGUUGUUAGUCUGGGAGACGCAGCAGUGGACAUUCUCUACCCUGUGGGAUAACACUGUUCUACACUUUCUAAAAAGGCUGACGAUAUGAUUGAACUCCCUCCUUUUCUCUCUUGGCUGCAUCGAAAUUCAAUUCACUAGAAAUGUUCUCCACUAAAUUAGAAAAGUAACAAAAAAUUGUAAGCAUUUGCCAGGGUAUUAAGAGAGAGAGUUAUAGUCAACUCUUUGACAAAAGUCCCACAAUCUUCUCUAGGAAACAAAAAAGGUUGUUUAAUAAAUGUACAGACUGUUUACUGGGGAAAUAAACCAGUAGGAGAGCAUGGUUCAAUGAUAGGACUUAAGGUAGUGGGUUGGCUACUGUUUCUUAAUUGCAAAAGAAGAAAAGUCCACCGAGAUGCUCUUCUCCCACCUGCCACCGCCCCCUCCUCAGGGGACGCCUCGGGCAGCAUUCAGCCCUGAGAACAGACCCAGUUCGUCUUUUUCAGUUAUUCACACCUGUGAUGGUGUUUAGGGCAGAAGCGCUGUCUGCUAGCUUGGGGUCCUAAAUUUGGGUUUUGUUUGAAAACAGACAAGUGGAAGAUACUACAGAAAAGUAUUUUCAAAGUAAUUUUAAUUCCCUGUUUGGGUUUAAAAGUUAGAAAAGACACUGCCCAUUCCUUUCCUAGAGCAGGAUGGCAUCGCUCGCUGUUCCCUCCAGACCCGGAGAAACACAGAUGAGGUUUUAAAUACAGUGAAGAACAUCUCCCAGCUAAUGCCACGGUUUCCCAUUUCACAUUUUAAAAUAUUGAACCUGAUUCUUUGGUGGGUAAAUUCUGCCAGAAGGAAUUUAGCAGUGUAUUCGGAAUUGUAUAAUUCUUUUGUAUGAGUUUCUGUAGCUUAUGAUGUUUCACUGCUUAUUGUUAGGUGUGCAAUAAUGGUUAUAGCCUAUUUCUAAAAUAAUUUAAAUGCAAUUCCCCUGUUUUAUUGUUCAAGAGAUAAUUAUUUAUCUUGCUUUAAUAGUGUUCUUAGGAAUUAUUUUGUUACUAUGUACUGGUGAGUUAUGCCCAUUUUAGUAUUUAUUUAGAAAACUGGUAUGUUUGUAAUGACUUAUUUGGUAGCAGUCUAUUUUGCUGCAAGAAAUAAAGAGGAUGUGAUAGAAGGUUUUUUCGCUGGACAAUUUGUAACUUUUUCUAGUUGGGAAAAAAAAUUCCGAUUACUCCUUUAAAAGUAAUUCUGUUUUUGCAUUUUGUGGUUUUGAUCAUAACAAAGGAGAAGAUUUCUUUGAGAUAACAUAUCCUAAAGUAGUAUUUCCCCUUCUCUUGGAAACUUUAUUUUUAAUUAGGAAUAAAAGGUGUUAUGAAACGAGAGGAGUCUUAUUAGCAGGAGAGUAGUAAAGGAAGGUGUUAUUAGUAAGGAGUUUCCAUUUGUAGAGUUCUGCCUGGUCUUUGAGGUCUAAAGACCACGGAGGGGUACAUUUUAGAACUUUUCUCAAUAAAAGCAAAUAUAGGAGGAAAUCGUUAGAAUAAAAACUACAAGUACAUGUGUGAAGAGAAAGUGAGUCUUUGUAGCAAAGAAUUAACUAGACUUGCUAAAUUCUUAACUGCUCGCCGAAAGGCCUUUUCCCCUGCUGGUGGCGAAGACCUGGGGUGGGGUGUUUUGCGUACGUGCACGUCCACCUCUGGAUGAGCAACAGCCCAGCUCCCCUUGCUCCGGCCCAAAGGGGCAGAUGCUCUGGAAUGGCCCGUCACACCCAGCCAGGUGUCUGCAGCAGCUGCAGUGUGGGGUCUUUCAAGUUCAUGGUGAUGCUCUUCCUUGUUUCAAAACUUGUUUUCAUUCAGACAGUCUCAAUGCAUUAAAUACUGAAGUCAGUACUUUGAACAGCAGAAUUCUAUGUCCUUCAUGUUUAUUAAUUGCUGUUUAGGACUAUUCAGAUACCUCAUUGAAUCCCUAAAUUUAAAAACGUGAACCCAGUCAGUAGUCAACCCCGUGAAGAAUCCAUGCCUUUUUGAGGGAACUGAUAUAUUAACAAACAUAAAAACCAGCUUUAAAUUUGUGUUAACUCUAACAUCAUCAAACCAAAGGCACAGAUGUGUGUGUGGUAUCCCCAUCGAAUGGACAUCCUAAGAAAAAUUGCAGCAAGGAGCAGGAAGGUGUCAAAACCCUCCUGGCAGGGUUAAGUCAGAAUUUUGCGGGUUAGUAGUUUUCACUCAUGGCCACUGCUUCCUUGUCAAGCGUCCCAUGAGGACGUGCAGAAACUUUCCCGUUCAUCUGGUAAUCAUAGCAGAAUGUCAGGAGACCCCAGGGCUGCUGUCCCGCAGAGUUGGAGGGUGACCUUGGGCCUGCAUUUGUCCGUCUGUAAAAUGAAAGGACAACCCAGACGGUUUUCUAAACUCCCAUCGGCUCCCACAGCCUCAGGGCUCAAAACAUGAUGGAUCAGCAUCCCACUGUAUGAACUUGGGAGGUACGUUUCCAAACGUUGCCUUCUUGUCAAGAAACACUUCUCCUGUGUUAACAAGGUGUCUACUGAGUGUAAACCAGUGCAUUUAAAAUGCAGUCUCCAGCAGGCUCCCCACUGGAAACAAAUGCAUUUGGAAUUGCGAUUGUUACAAAAUUACACAAAAGCACCGAUUGCAGGUGAGACAGAGGAGCCUUCUCGUGCGUGUGCCCCGCUCGGUGGACGCCCUUGGGAACAGCCCUGAAAUAAGUCGUCCCUUGGCCUGAAGACGAGAGAGUGGGUUGAAAAAAGAACAAAGGAGGGAGUGCCCUGGCUGGCUUGAACUCGUGUGUGCUCUGCGGUGUUACAUUGCCUUUCCAGUUCAAAGGUUCCUUGAAAAGGAGCCCGUGUGUCCCCGUGCGGGCCGUCCACCACUUGGCCAAGUCAGUGGUUGUGAACAAAUGUGUUGAGACGAACUGUGUCAAGAAUGUUGUCUGAGGUCCCGGGAUUUUGUCAUAGCACAGGAGUACAACCUCUUCACCAUUCGUGUAUUUCCUUCUCCUGGGCCGAUGAAAUCCGAAGGGUUGUGGCUUACUUUGUUUUCGUUUCUUUGGCUUUGUGCAAUUUUCUUGUAACUUUACUUGUACCUGUGUUUUCUGUUUACAAGUUCUUUUAAAGGGGAAGGGAGGGUUCUAAGAUCUCGUUUAUUGUAGAUAAAAAAAAAAUUUCUUUUUGUGUUGUAGAAAAGCAUGGGUUAUGCGUUUGACUGAAAAAGGCACUGUGUUAUUUACCAAAGGGGUAUUGUUUUCACAUUUGUUUAUAAAUGCAUUAUUUUGGUACUGUAAAUUUGGACAUGAUUUCUGAGUUUAUUACUACUGGCAUUUUCUUUUCCUUUUUGUUUUUUUUAAACUCUAAGUGCGCAAUGCAGGUGCACAGGUCCCAGACCAAACCAGACCACCAGCAUGAUCUUGUCCAAACCCUGGGGAUGGCGCACACAGCUUUGGGCGCCUCACUUCCUCCACUGUUGGUUUGUUUGUUUUCAAUUCAGCUCCCUGCUUUGUUUUACUUUCCAAGCCAGAUUUAUUGAGAUACCCGAUUGCAUUCUAAUGAGCUCACCUUCGUUUGCCUCUCUUAUGUAUUUUGUGUAUUAGAUUGUGCGGGAGGUAUUCUAGAAGGCGUUAAUGGUUUGCAUUCAAAAUGAUGUGGUUUGUCCAAAUUAUUUUGUCUUUAUUAUUGAGAUGGAUUAAUCUCAUUUUUUUUUCUUGAUGAUUUGAAGUUGUAAGACUUGUCCAGCUAUUGCUUAAUAAAAUUUUGCAGAUCGAAAAAAAAUCAGUUACUUGUG